GAUCCAAGGCAUCUCCAAAUCCUAGGGUUAGUGCGGUCCCAUAAAAUUGCCGCUAUUACUGCGUUCGUAUCCUUCUCCGAUUAACAGCAUUUAGCUGCACACAAAAGAUAGAAAGAGGGCGAGAUGGUUUCGCUUAAGCUCCAGAAACGGCUCUCAGCGAGCGUUCUAAAGUGUGGAAAGGGAAAGGUUUGGCUCGAUCCAAAUGAAGCCAACGAGAUCUCCAUGGCCAAUUCCCGCCAGAACAUAAGGAAGCUGGUUAAAGAUGGUUUUAUCAUCAGGAAGCCAACCAAGAUUCACUCUCGAUCUCGUGCACGUCGCAUGAAGGAAGCCAAGAGAAAGGGACGCCACUCUGGAUAUGGUAAGCGCAAGGGUACAAGGGAGGCAAGGUUGCCUACGAAGGUCUUGUGGAUGAGAAGGAUGCGUGUUCUCAGACGCUUGCUUCGCAAGUAUAGGGAAUCAAAGAAGAUUGACAAGCACAUGUACCAUGACAUGUACAUGAAAGUCAAAGGUAACGUGUUUAAGAACAAGAGAGUUCUCAUGGAGAGCAUCCACAAAUCUAAGGCUGAGAAGGCCAGAGAGAAGACGUUGUCUGACCAGUUUGAAGCUAAGAGGGCUAAGAAUAAAGCAAGCAGGGAAAGAAAAAUUGCAAGGAGAGAGGAGCGUUUGGCCCAGGGACCCGGAGUAGAUAAGCCGGCUGCAGCUCCACCUGCAGCUGCUACUCAAUCAGCUGAGGUUUCUAAGAAGUCCAAGAAGUAAGAUUCCCGACCGAAGAUUACUGAUCAACCGUAACUUUAGAUAUUAGUAUGCCCAACUUAUUUUGUCGAGCCAGUUUGCUGUUUUUGGUUAAUAUGAACUUGUUCUUUUUGUUGGAUUAAGGUUUCAUGAUUUUGUUCUCAAUUUACUGGUUUGUAUCUUGUUUUAAUUAUAUUAUGACAAUUUUAUUUUCUCUA